AAAUGAUUGAGGUUAUGUUUAGUAAUCUUUCAUUUCUUAAAAUUUCCUGAAGUUAAUUUUUUCGUUUAGCGUAAAAUAAUUUUUUUGAUUUCAAAAUGAAAGCCAAGGGAGAUGUAAGUAUAUUUGAGCUUUGAAGUAUCUAAUUUAAUUUAAUUUUAUAUAAUUUAAUAAGAGUAUUGAACUUAAUGGUUUAAAUGGAUUUUAAGUUUUAAAAAUAUAAAAUUCAUUUGACAUGUGGCACUAGGGAAAUCAAAACUCACAGUUAACUAUUUUAAUGUUACCAAUUUUAUUUAUUAAAUUAUAGUUGAAAGAAUAUGAAGUCAUUGGUCGCAAAUUGCCGACUGAAAAAGAAAAGACUACUCCCUUAUACAAAAUGAGGAUUUUCGCUCCUGAUCGCAUAGUUGCAAAGUCUCGCUUUUGGUAUUUCUUAAGGCAACUAAAGAAGUUCAAGAAGAGUACUGGAGAAAUUGUUUCGUUAAAACAAGUAUGUACCAAUUAGAAUGCUUUUCUCAUAAAAUAUAAAUAUAUAAAUAUAAUGUUUUUGUUUUUAUAGAUUUUGGAUAAAUCGCCAACAAAAAUAAAGAAUUUUGGAGUAUGGCUUCGUUAUGACUCGCGGUCUGGUACACAUAACAUGUACCGUGAAUACAGAGACACAACUGUAGCUAGUGCUGUCACUAAAUGCUACAGAGACAUGGGUGCUAGACAUAGAGCCAGAGCUCACGCUAUUCAAGUAUGAUUGUUUAUUGAGUAUUUAAUUUAUUUCAUGAGUUUAAAAUAAUUAUCAAAUUUAUAUCAAUAAGUGUUUAGUUCAAUUGUACUAUUACUUAACAUCUGUAAUCUGAGAAAUGAUUAAAAUCGUUCCGUUUUUGAAAUUACAUUUUGCUAUGGAAUAUAUAAUUACUCCGUGAUUUAUCUUUGAUAUAUAUCUUAUAGUAUCACCUAAGUCAGUGCUUCUCAAACUUUUUAUAAUGUAAUAUAUCUUAACUGAAAUUUUUACUUAACAUUUUUAGAAAAUUAUUGUAUUACAAUUGGAUUGAUAAUGAUGAUGAGUUACUAUUAAAAUCACUAAAAUAAAAAAAAAAUAGUACUUUUUAAAUUUUAUUUUCUAAAAAAUGUAUUAUUAUAUUCAUCAUCUUAAGGCUAUAUCUUGUCAUGAUCGACAUAUGUAUCUGUUGUUUGCCGCGUUUCUCAGCCGUAAAUAGGAUGUGACAUCCAUGGGAUGUUGGAGGUUUUGGAAGUAUAAUGUUUUUGGACAUCCUCUAGGUCUUUUCCCUAAGAUCUUUCCUUCAAAGAUGUUUCUUACAAAUGUGUUAUGUCUGAAUAAUUAUCCUAAUAAUUUUGUUUCCUUUAUAAUUUAUGUAUCAUUAUAUCCCGUUUUUCUCUUACAUCAUUUAAUACUUGCUCAUUUGUUUUCUUUUCAACCAAUGAUAUUUUAUUCAUUUUUCUCCAGAUACACAUUUCCAUUGCUUCUAAACUGUCCCUUUCUCUUUUCCUGAUAGUCCAGGUUUCACAUUCAUAUAAUAGCACACUCAAUACAAAUCUUUUAAUGAAUUUUUUUCAUAGUUUCGAUGUUGAAUUGUUUGCUAGUUAUUAGACUAAUUCUUCAUGAAUGUUUGGCUAGAAUUAUUCUUUUUUUAAUAUCAAUGGUGGAUUCGUUAUUAUAUGUAAUUGUGCUUCCCAAAUAGUAGACAUGAUAAAAUUCUUGAAUUACAGUAUUGUUUAUUUUUAUAAAUGGUUGGGUAUAUAUUUGAUCUUAUUGAGCUGUCAUUGUUUUUUUUUUUUAUUUUUUGGUAGUGUUUAUUUUCAUAAUCCUGGACAAGGUGUUAAGCAUCGGGUUCAUGUUGUCUUUGCUUUGUGCCACCCAGAGCACUGUUGUCCGCAAAUCUUAUACUUUGUACUUCUGUUUCAUUUAUUCUAACUUCUUCAUUUCUUCAAUUGCUUCUUCUAUGAAUAGAUAAAACAAAUAAGGGACAGCCUUGUCUUAUACCUUUUAUCUUAGUUUCUUUAAUGGUUCCAUUUAUAUAUAUCAGUGUUGCUUGUUCUUUGUAUUUUGAGAUUCAAAAUGAUCCUUCUGUCCUUCCAGUUGAUUCCUUUUUUUUUUUAUGUACUAAACAACCAGAAUCAAUCUACUUUGUCAAAAGCUUUUUCUUAAUCUAUACAUGUUAUAUAUGUUGGGAGAUUGACAUCCCGUCUUCUUUCUAGAAUUAGUCUUGGAGCCAAGAUCGCUUUUCGAGUUCCUCUCUCUCCUGAAUCCGAAUUGGUCUUCUCAAAACUGUUUUUCUAUUUUCCUUUUUAGCCUGUUUUAAUGACUUAGAAGUAUUUUCAAGUUUUAUGAUAAAAGUUAAUUGUCCUAUAAUUAGUGCAAUUUGUUGCAUUUCCUUCAGUAUUGUUAUUGACUUUUUAUAAAAUUGUUACGCAGCUUUCCUGUUUCGUAGCAUUCACCGAUUAGAUUAAAUAACAGUGAUUCGGUAUGCUCUUCCAUGUUCUGUAGUGUUUUCGCAGGCAUAUCGUCUGUACCAGUUGCCUUUUUGUCUGUUAGUGUAUUCAGUGCAAAAUCAAUUUCAGUUCAUACUAAGGAAGGUCCUUUGAAAUCAGGGUCAACCUCCUCCUCAUGAUCUAAAUAGUUCCAUUCAUCAUUAAUCUCUUCUCCUUGGUACAGCUCUUCUAUGUAUUCUUUCCACUGUCUAGCUACCUUCUCAUUUUCAAAUAAUAAGUUUACAUAUUUGUCACUGACAAAUUACUUUUUGUUCUGGGUUUAUAUUCUAGACUUUUUAUUCUAUUAUAUACUGUCUGUAUUGUUUUUGAUCAAAAAGUACUCGAUUUCUUUGCAAUUCUCCUGUAACCAUAAAUCCUUUGCUUUCCAGCAUUGGUUUGUGAUUUCAUUUUUAAUCUUUGUAUUUAACAUGAUCUAUGGUCCUUAGUUUAUUCCUCUGCCAAAUUCCAGUAUCUAUUGAUUCAUUCAUGGUUUUCUGGGCCAAUGAUUUUUUCGCGUUAUGUCGUUUUUCAUUUUCUCCCAGGUUUACUAUUUAUUUUUCCUAAAGUUGAUUGGAAAUCUGUUACUACUCUUUAGCUUUUGAAUUUCUCUAAACAGAAAUUCUUCUUUCUAAUUAGUAUUCUUUUCUAAAAUCUAUUGUACACCGCUUUGACUAGAAUGUGGUCACUAUCUAUUUGGUUUACAGAGUAUGAAUGACUAGAUCGUAUUUGGUUCCUAUACUUUUAUUUGACUAGAAUGAAAUUGAUUUGAUGUCUGCUCUUACCUCCAGGAGCCUUUCAUGUAUACUUAAAGUUGUUAAUACAUUAUAUCAAUUUCAUCCUCAUUACAGUUGGAAAAUACACUUGUAUAAUGUACAUAUCUAUGGGUUGAGCUUGUAGUUUGAUAAUAAUCAUUCUUUUAUUCAUAUGGAAAGUGUUGAGGACAUUGUUUUUCCAUUUACCUCUCAGGAUAACUUCUAUACCUUUACUGCGUCUUUUCUCGCACCCACUAUGAAUUAUUCUCAAGUCAUUUUUAAUGUAAUCACUGUUUCCUGGCCAUUUUGUUUCAGAUGAACCUAAAAUAUUUAACUCAAUGUAUCAUUUGUUGUGAAAUUUCUUUAAUUAUACUGGGUUUGAGCAUUGCCCUUACAUUACAUGUACCAAUUUUAAAUUAGCAAUUGUUGUUCUCCCAGGGAUUUGGUUGGCUGAUGACUUAGGGAGACUAUGGGUCCUCCCCUGCUGAGUAUUAAUUGAGAUUAGGGAAUCAAUUGGAUCUUUAAUGCAGUGGUAUCCCUCUUGUCUUCUGCAUCCUCUGGCCGUUGACCAUACUUUUUGGUACUUCCAUCCUUUCAAGGCAGUUUCCCAUCUUAAGGACAAGAUAUUGCCUUACCUUACUCAGCUCAUCCGCUCUGAGGACCGUUGGCUUCAUAGGUUUGUCUCCUUAUCCUGGAAGAUUUUUCACUAUUCCUAUUAGUUGCUUUUUAUGACUGGGGGAACAACCCGUGGUCUUAUUUUUAACCAAGACCACUCAGGUUAUCAUUACAUUACGUUUAGUUAAAAAGAAAUUGAUUUUAUUAAGAUCAUUACAUAUUUUGAUGACACUCUUUAUAGAUGUUUAUUUAUUUAUUUUUUUCAUUGACAUAACUUAAUAUUAUUUUAAUAACAAUUAAUAGGUACAAUAAAUUUACUACAAUCAUAAAUCAUUUAUUCAUUAAAAAUAAAUUUUGCAAAUCUCAAAUUGUUAUAUUUUAGUACUGAAGCAACUGACUACAAUCAACUAUUUUACUAACUGAAUUUUAAAGGGGCUCAUACACGAUCAGUCAUGAAUGUCAUUUGUUAUUAACCGUUUUGUCUUUUCGUGACUGAUGAAUUUCAAACAUGAUUUUAAUCCAUAAGAGUGACUAUCACAUAAACUGAUAUUCAUGACUGAUCGUGGAUAGGUUCUUUAAAAAUAAGAGAAAGUUAAUUAUAAUUAGGUACUUGGGUAAAUACAUAUUAAAAUUAUAAUUUUUUUCUUACCAUUACAUGUGUUAUAUUGAUCAAUUAAAAUAUAAUAUACAAUAUUUUCAAACAAAAUUGAUGGGCGAUUGUCAGAUAUAGGUUUAAAAUAAGGAAUGUAAUCUAUUACAUCUUCCUGCAACCCAAUUUUGGACAUCGCUUGCUCCUCUGUUUUUUUUUUAUUUCCAGUAUUUUGUACCAAAAUAGUUGAAAAUCUAUUUUUAACUUAAGCUCAGAAAAAAAAAUAACCUUUCAUUAAAUCUGUGUUACACUAGUCAAAUUUCUAUGAAGGUAAGCCUUGAAUAUUAAUGUUAGAUACAGUUGCUUCAAAUUUGGGGUCCUACUAAUAAGUAAUAACCAAUAAAUUCUACCUUCUGUUCUAAUACAUUUAAAUCAAAAAUGUAUUUACAUUUUCUCUAGUUUCAAUCAGCAGAUUAUUCUCUAUUAUCUGCUUUCCUUUUAAUUUGUACAUACGAGUUAGAUCAUUGUUCCUUUAUAUACUAAUACUAAUACUAAAAUGAAUACUGUGUUAAUAGUUGAAUUGAAUUUUAGUUUUGGCUUUCCUCUAUGAUAAUUCCUUUCUUUGCUUCCUAGUUUUAAUAGUUCUUCAUGUUGUAACCUAUCCAUUCAUUCUGUCUUAAUAUAUUUUUUCUUAUUUGCUUCUCUUUUGAUAUUUUUAAUUAUUUCUUUAUUGGUUAUUCUGUUCAUCCAGAUUAUUUUCAACAUUAUUCCUUCUAAUUUCUAGGUUGAUGUUUUAUUAUUAUUUAUUUAAAUAUGUAAAUAUAUUAACUAUGUUCUUUGAAGUAAGAAAGGUUUACUCAUUGUUAAAAGGCUGGGGAAAGAAUUCUGGAUUUUUUGUUAGUAUAACUUUGCAGUUAUUAACACGUGGUGAUGAGACUGGUUAUGUUGUAUAGUUUAUAGUGUUAGGUAGUAGACAGAUAAAUAGAACAUAGAAUGAGUGUACCUGAGAUAAUAAUUUUUAGGUGGUUUAGUGGAAUGGUGAAAGAAGAUAGAAUAAGUAUGGCUUUGGUGGUGAGCAAAAUGAAAGAAAUGGGAUCUGAAGUAGUAAGUAUUGUAGUUUAAAUAAACAGUAUGAAAGACGUGGAAAGGAAAACUGAAAUGAGGUGGUUAAAUGCAAUUGAGAAUGGUGAGUGUAUGUGGGAACAAUGUGGGGAAUCGAAUCAAGUGAAAGUUAAGGACAAGAGUGACCAACCCCAAAUAGUUGGAGGUGAAGGAGAAGACCUAUUAUUUUUUGUAAAAUGCAUAACAUGUCGAUUUGCCUUAAACUAAACCAUAGUAUCUCAAUCAUAAAAAUGUAGAAGGUAUUUGAUGCUAUUCUAUGCAAAACAGCUACAGAAAACAAAUUAUGUGUAGGGCUUUUUAAGUAAAUUAUUUACAAUGCAUAUUUUUUAUAAAAACUUUAAACUUGUUUAUUACAUUAGUAUGUUAAUUGUAAAUUGUUCUUGAAAAUUUAUAUUGAAUUAUUUUAUUAAUAAAUUUGUUUUAUUUCAUAUUUACAGAUCAUUAAAGUUGAAGUUGUGAAGGCUAAGAAUACCAGAAGACCACAUGUGAAACAAUUCCACGACAGUGACAUCCGUUUCCCACUUCCUCACCGUGUUGAGGGUAAACGUCGCCGUUAUAACACCUUCUCUGUCCGUCGGCCCACAACAAGUUUCUUGUAAAAUGGAAAUUAUUUUUGAUUUUUCUGAAUAAACACAAAAACUAUUUUAUUU